AUGAUUGACGGUAAAGUCUGCAACGCUUUGACCGAAACUUCGUCAGCACAAAAAUGUUAUAUUUGUGGAGCUACCCCACAAAUGAAUGAUGACUCCAAGGAGUCGGUUACGCGCUCGGUCGAUUGUGUUAGAACCUUAUGUCGCACGGCGGAUAUCAUUUGCUUGCAAGAACUAUGGCUGCUACAAGAAGAUAUACCGUAUUUAAGUAGCAUUGACCCUGAAUUCGGGUUUACUGGGAAAUCAGCAGUCGAUACAGGAGCUGGGAUUCUGCGCGGGAGACCGUUCGGUGGUGUCGGGGUGCUCUGGCGUAAGAGUUUGUUUACAUCAGUGUCAGUAGUGCAAUGUAAAAGUGUGCGCAUAGCUGCCAUAAAGAUAGUGUUAUCGGACCGGUCGCUAUUAGUGUUUUCCGUGUACAUGCCAACUGACUCUGCUGAUAAUCUUAUGGAGUUUACCGAGUGUCUGGGUGAGUUAGCGGCAAUAGUGGAAGAGUGUCAGAUAGAUUCCGUUUUCAUCCUAGGCGACUUUAAUGCUCACCCUGAUAGGAGAUUUGGUAGGGAACUCCUAGACUUUUGUGCGGAGCAAAAGUGGCAGUGUGCUGAUAUGGAAAUAUUAGGAGCAGGGUCAGCUUCGUAUACGUACGUUAGUGACAUUAAUGGCACGAGAAGCUGGUUGGACCAUUGUGUAGUGUCUGAGGCAGCGUGCAAAUCGACCAACAAGUUGAGUCCCAGGUCGGGCCUCCCUGUGAGCGUGGAUGGUGUUAGCGAGACAGACCAGAUUGCCCAGCUUUUUAAACAACACUUCCAAGUUGAGUCUCCAUUAGCAGCGAGUGAGGAACCACUUCCUGUAAGACGAGCGGCUACGGCUCCCCCUGUGAUUAUCACAGCUAAGAAAGUGGCGCGAUUGGUGAGGGGCAUGACGCGCGGUAAGUCACCUGGACACGACUACCUUAGUAUUGAACAUCUGCAACAUGCUGGAGUACAUUUACCCAGAGUACUAGCCAUGCUCUUCACCUUCUGUGUCGGUCAUACAUAUCUACCUGAAGAUAUGAUGAAAACCGUGGUAGUACCGAUCAUAAAGAACCGAACAGGGGAUGCAUCUGACAUGGGGAACUAUAGGCCCAUUUCAUUGGCAACAAUUGUAGCAAAGGUGUUGGACAGUGUGCUCGACGAAGAACUAGAUAGUCAUAUAAAACUCAAUGACGCGCAAUUUGGUUUUAGACCCGGACUCUCCACGGAGACAGCAGUUCUUUGUCUUAAGCACACUGUUCGAUACUAUACAGACAGGAAAACACCUGUAUUCGCAUGUUUCCUGGACUUGUCGAAGGCCUUUGAUUUGAUUUGGUGUCCUAUGGUAAACUAUGGCAGAAGCUGUACGAAGACACAACACUGCCUGGUGAGCUGGUGGAGUUGUUCAGGUUCUGGUAUGGUCACCAGACAAAUGUUGUGA